AUGAUUGUUCCGAUCCCAGAGUGUAUAAUUGGAAUAGAUAUUCUAAAGGGACUUACUUUGAAUCUUCUUAAUGGUCAUUAUCAAUCUGGGGUAAAGAGUUAUAUCACUAACCGAUCAGUUUUAGUAGGGAAGAUAAAAAUGGCUCUGGUUCAGAUCCCAACUGCGACCAAGGUAGUAACCAUGAAACAGUACAGGAUUCCAGGCGGUCAUGAAGAAAUUUCCCAAACAAUCAAAGAUUUAUUGGCUGCAGGGGUUUUAAAACUGACUGCCACAAUGUGGAAUAGUCCAAUCUGGCCAGUCAAAAAGGCUGAUGGAUCCUGGAGAAUGACUGUGGAUUAUAGAGAACUAUACAAGAGCACCCCACCUCUUGCGAUAGCUGUACCUGAUAUGAUCACUUUAAUAGAAAGAGUUCAGAGGCAUCCUGGCACAUGGUAUGCUGUCAUUGACCUGGCCAAUGCAUAUUUUACGUUUCCGAUUGCAGAAGAGCAUUGGGAUCAAUUUGCAUUUAUAUGGCAAAGAUGGCAGUACACCUUUACCAGGUUGCCUCAAGGAUGGGUGCGUAGUCCAACUAUUUGCCAUAGAAUAGUGGCUGAGCACCUGGAUGAGGUACAGCUCCCUUCUCAUAUGCAAAUGAUCCACUAUAUUGAUGACGUCCUGAUUCAGGGGACCAAUGAGGGUGAAUCACAACAAAUGCUUGAAGUGCUACUAAAUAGAGUGAGGCAGAAAGGUUGGGAGAUUAAUCCUACUAAUAUCCAAGGACCAUCUCAGACAGUUAAAUUCCCAGGAAUACAUUGGAACUGUGGUCAUCAAGAAAUACUACCUAAAGCUGGGCAAAAGGUUCUUGACUUUGAUAUACCACAGAAUAAGAAGGGGGUGCAGAGAUUUAUUGAACUGUUUGGUUUAUGGAGACAACAUAUUCCACAUCUAGGACAGAUUCUGACCCCAUUAUACAAGGUAACUCGCAAAAAAUAUGAAACUGAAGGGGUAAAUGAGCAGCAGGCUGCCUUUGAAUUGGCAAAAAAGGCUACUGAAAGGGCUUUGGACAUGGCCCACACAAGAUGGAGAAAAACCGAGCAGCUCACGAUAGGCUAUGAGGUGGCCCUGUGCCCUGAAAUCCCUAUUAUGCAGUUGGUUAAAAGCUCCCUGCAGACUCACCGAAUAGGGCAUGCUCAAGAGUCAAGCAUUAUAAAAUGGAAAUGGUACAUCCAGGACAGAGCAAAGGUGGGACCUGGUGGUGUUGCUGCCCUCCAUGAGCAAGUAGUGGCUGCCCCCAUGCAGGAUCAAGAGAUAAAGCCUGAUCCUAUAGCUGAACAGGAAUCCCCUGUGCGAUGGGGGAAGACCCUGAAUCAGCUGCUACCUCUUGAAAGGGAACAUGCAUGGUUUACAGAUGGACCCAUCGGGGAGAUGGAGACGCCCUUGAUGCGUAUGACUAUGCCCAAUCUGCAAAUAAAGCCUCUAAUGGUAACUGAAACUUUAACCUACUGGGAAAUGGUUCCAGGUGCAAUGGCCCCCUACCAGGCCACUCCAGAGGCUGCUGGGCUAGAUCUUUAUGCAUCAGAACUGGUAAUGAUAAAUCGAGGCCAGACAAGGGUUAUUAACACUGGGAGAGGAAUCCAAAUUCCCCCAAGACACAUCGGCUUAACUGCUUGCUCAAACCUAGCCCUGAAAGGCUUUCAUGUAACAGGAGGAGUGAUUGAUGCAGACUACCAGGGAGAGAUCAAAGUAAUCCUGCUGAAUAAUACCAAACAAGAUUUAGUUAUUCAACCCAAUGAUAGAGUAGCACAGCUAUUAAUAUUACCAAUUUUGAAAACAGUGGUGAAGAAUGGGGACCCACCCCAAGUCACUACUGUUCGUGGAGACAAAGGAUUUGAAUCCACCAACUUUAGUAAUGGGGCAAAAGUAUGGGUCCAAGGGCUGAGUGGCCCCCCUGAACCAGCUGAAGGAGAAGAAUUUUUAGAGGACAGUGGUGUAGAUCAAGAAGUUGUUGUCAAAUACAACUUUUCUAAAAUGAUUGACAUUCCACCACAGUACUAUUUCUGUGUGCAAAGGAGAAUUUUCAUCUCUGUUCCUGUCAAUCAUCAUCUCAGCUGA